AUGGGGUCGGGAAGGGGAGUUGGCGGAGCGUCCGCGGGAGCUCCCGCAACAGCAGUCGGCGGAAACCCCGCAGCCGUGGGAUCAGGCGCGCGCGGGUCUCCCGCCGUAGUAAACGGCAGCUCUGCUGCUGGCCCCAGCCACAGCGGGGCCGGCGGCGGCGGAGGCGGCGGAGGCGUCGGCGAUGGCGGAGGGGGAAGCGCGCGUGACGGAUCGCACGGGUCGCAUGGUUCGUCGCAUUCGCAGGGGUCGUCGUCGCAGAGCAAGUGGCAGGACCAGCUUUCGCGAAUGACGAACAUGAUUUUCGUCGCGAGCCAGGGCGACGUGGACGAAUUAACGCGGCUUCUAGACGAAGGCGCGGAUGUCAAUAGCGCGGAUUACGACGGGCGGUCCGCGAUACACCUCGCGGCGUGCGAGGGCCACCUGGGCGUGCUUAAACUGCUGCUGGCGCGCGGCGCGAGAGUCAACCCGCGCGACAGAUGGGGACACACGCCACUGACAGACGCGCGCAAGGCCAUGCGGGAGGGGAAGAAGGGGCAGUUUCCGGAGAUUAUUCAAGUGCUCUUGAAGCAUGGCGGUAUUGAGGGGGUGAGUGGUGAGGAGUGGUGGGGAGUGAUGGAGAGUGGUGGAGAGUGGAAAAGAAUGGGGGCAGAAGCGGACGACUGGGAGAUAGACCCAUCGGAGCUGGACUUCAGCAAGUCAAAACUUAUCGGCAAGGGUGCGUUCGGUGAGAUCAGGAGGGUCAUGUGGAGAGGCACCCCAGUGGCCGCUAAGACAAUCCUACCAGGUCUAUCAGACGACGUGCAGAUCACAAAAGAGUUCCGGGACGAAAUGUUUCUGUUGCCCAAGCUGCGGCACCCCAACAUAGUUCAGUUCCUGGGCUGCGUCACCCGCCGUCCCCCCCUGUGCCUCGUCACCGAGUACCUCCCUGGGGGCGACCUACACGACGUGCUCAAGGCCAAGGGCGCCCUGCCGCCCAGAAUAGCGGUGGGGUACGGGCUGGACAUCGCUAGGGGAAUGAACUACCUGCACAACCACAAGCCCGAGUCCAUCAUUCACAGAGACCUCAAGCCUAGGAACUUGAUUCGAGAUGAAGGGGAUCACCUAAAGGUGGCGGACUUUGGUUUGAGCAAGCUGGUGAAGGUGAAUGCGCUGCACGAGAUGUACAAGAUGACUGGGGAGACCGGCAGCUACCGCUACAUGGCGCCAGAGGUGUUCAAGCACCAGGCGUACGACCGCACAGUGGAUGUCUACUCCUUCUCCGUCAUCUUCUAUGAGAUGUUUGAGGGUCUACCGCCCUUCGCCAAGACCAUGACACCAGAGGGGGUGGCAUGGAAGGUGGCAAUGGAGGGCAUCAGGCCGCCCUUCAAGUCCAAGGCGUACCCCGAGGGGGUCAAAGACCUGAUAUCCCGGUGUUGGGCGGCAGACCCGAUGGCUCGCCCGUCCUUCAUGGAAGUGAUUGAGGUGCUCGAGGGGGUGGAGAAGGCGCUUCUGCUGCAGGCGCAGGCAAACAAGCCCGCGCUCUCUCCCUUCUCAGCAUAG